UUCCAUGGUCUAGUGGUCAGGACAUUGGACUCUGAAUCCAGUAACCCGAGUUCAAAUCUCGGUGGAACCUCCUUUUUCUUUUCCCCGGCAAUCUCGAAAGGAGGAAUGGCGUUCACUCUGCUCUCAGCUCCAACGCCUCAUCUUCACAGUCCCAAAUCCUCAUGGUUCCACACCCCACAACCACUCGAAUCUCUCCCCUUCCUCAAUCUCAUCCAUUACCCUUCGAAGCCCUUCCUCCCUCUUUCUUCUUCUUCUUCUUCUUCGUCUUCAAACUCUGUCCUGGAAGAAGACCCUUCUCCCGCUUCUCUUCCAAUUCAAGAUGCUGAUUCCAACUCUCUUCCUCUCAGAGGGUGUGAGGGAUGUGGGAGGGAAGAAAUAGAGAAGGGAUGCAAUGGGAAGGGAAGGAUUCAAGGCGGGAUAGCGGCGGUUACUGGGUUCGGAUGGUGGCCAAUCAAGGCUUAUCGCCCUUGCCCUGGUUUUGUGGCUUCUGGUGGCCGCUACACUCGCCAAGGCCAAUCCAUGGAUGAGGUCGUCUCCGGCGGCGGCGGCGGUGGCAAACGACGAGUCUCUACUCCUCCUCCAGCGUCUUCUUCUGAAUUAGAGUCUAGCAAGAAAAGACGAGCCCCGAAGAAGUCCAAGACUUGAAUCCCGACUGCAUCGAAGCGGAGGGCUGAGGUUGGGUGGUGCUUAUGCUGGUUGAGUAUGUGCACCGAAGAAACUCAGAAAUAGUUUCAGUUGAUACGAAGUUCGUGAUGGAGCUGGUUAGGUUGCAACUCUCUUCUUUUACUCGAGUUCCGACAUAUUUGAUGGGAGUUGACAGCACAAAAUAUAGUUAAGUAAUGUGAUGCUUGUAUUGCCACUUGAGUCCAGGAUUUUGUAAUGUAUAGGGGGAUUUGGCUAUGGGAUUAGGCUGUUUCA